UGACGGGCUUUACCGCGCUGGAUACGGUUUUGACGUGCCGCUCGGGGCGACAGUCGUAAGCGGCUGCCUAGGCAGCCACAUACCACACUAGAUUCGCACCGCGGUAGUGUAUACCAGAUGUGCGCUGAUUGCGGAUCGCAAUGCUGCCCCCGCCCAACUGUCAUGGAAGACGUAUUAAUCUGAGAAGCACCUGGGGAGAAGAAGGGGACCAACGGCGAAUGGACGUGGCCGCUGCACAGCCGAAGCUUUGCCGUCCGAGCGCAUGCGCAGAACAAACUCUGUUUUUCGGCAGGACGAUGUCGGUGUAGGACGUCUGCGAGAACGAGUGAACGGCUGUUCGCGAGAAGGC